UAUCAAUUUAAACAAGUUUGAAACACGUAACCAGAUAAGUACCAUUCUUGUGGUGACAAACAACAAAGACAGACGUAUCAAUAUGAAAUCUUUUAUAGAAUAUUCAUCCAGUUCCGAUUUCCCCAUAGAAAACUUGCCAUAUGGGGUCUUUACUUCACAUAAAAAUGAACAAAAGCACAUUGGUGUGGCGAUCGGCGAAUGGAUACUCGAUCUCAACAUUAUUUCACAUCUGUUUAGCGGCCCGCUGUUGAAAGACAAACAACAUGUUUUUAAGGAACAAACACUUAAUUCGUUCAUGGGGCUAACGAAGGAUCAUUGGACCGAAGCAAGGGUAACACUGCAACAAUUACUGGACGUGUCCAACCCGAUAUUGCAGAAUGAUGCUGCUCUACGGCAGAGAGCUUUUGUGAAGCAGACUGAAUCUCGUAUGCACGUUCCUGCAGACAUUGGCGACUACACAGACUUCUACUCCUCAAUACACCACGCCACCAACGUGGGUAUUAUGUUCAGGAGCAAGGAGAACGCGCUUAUGCCUAAUUGGAAGCACCUCCCAGUCGGCUACCACGGUCGUUGCAGUUCCAUAGUGAUAUCUGGUACGCCUAUAACGAGACCACAAGGGCAGACUCUACCCGUAGAAGGAGCAGAGCCUCAUUUUGGUCCCUGCAGAUUGAUGGACUUCGAACUAGAGAUGGCCUGCUUUGUGGGGGGUCCGCCAACAGCCCUGGGAGAGAGAGUCACUGCAAAACAAGCCAAUGAUCAUAUCUUUGGUUUUGUUCUAAUGAACGAUUGGAGUGCUCGAGACAUCCAGAAAUGGGAGUAUGUGCCUUUGGGUCCCUUCACAUCCAAAAAUCUGGGCACCACAAUCUCUCCUUGGAUUGUGACCGUGGAAGCUCUGCGUCCAUUCCUCAUAGACAACUUCCCUCAGGAACCUCAGCCAUUCCCCUACUUGAAGCAUGAUGAUAAAUUUAAUUUUGAUAUCAAGUUGGAGGUCGAUUUGAUAUCGGACAAGUCGCCGGUAGUAAGCACGAUUUGCCGGUCGAACUACCGAUUCCUGUACUGGACAGUGAAGCAGCAGUUGGCGCAGCAGACAGUGACAGGGUGCAACCUGCGGCCUGGUGACCUGUUGGGAUCUGGGACUAUCAGUGGCGAUACAUCAGAUUCUUACGGAAGCAUGUUGGAGUUAAGCUGGAAAGGCACAAAACCUCUCCGUUUGAAAAAUGGUGAAGAGAGAAAAUUUUUACAAGAUGGGGAUACUGUUGUACUCCGAGGUUAUUGUGUUGAUGAGUCUGGCCUUCGUAUUGGAUUCGGCAAAUGUGAAGGAAAGUUGUCGCCCGCUGUGCCCAUGGAAUAGUUUUACGAAAUACCUAACUGUGAAAUGUGAAUAAAGUUUUGUUAUA